AUGCAUCCCCACCUCAGCCUCCUCGUUCAGGGCCUGCUGGUCCUGGCGCUGGCCACAUCCUCGACCGUCCUGGCCGCCUUUGGCUUUACUCGGUCGGGCAAUAACUUGGUCAUCGACGCCGGCUCGGCCAACCCGCUCGUCUUCCAGGUCGACGCGCGCAGCUGCGACAUCAACUCGAUCCUCUACCGCGGCACCCAGCUGCAGUCCUCGGGCGGCCAGGGGACGCACAUCGGCUCGGGCCUCGGCUCGGCCACCGUCAGCGCCAGCCAGCUCACGGGCGGCGCGAGCGGGAAGCGCUACGUCCGCGUCACCUGCGCCACCCCGACCCUGACGCACUACAUGGUGGUGCGCGAGGGCGACAGCAGCAUCUUCCUCGCCACCCACAUCACGCAGGAGCCCUCGAUCGGCGAGCUGCGCUUCCUCGCGCGCCUCAACGCCAACGUCCUGUCGGGCGAGUACCCCUUCGGGGACGCCUCGACCACGGCGGGCAGCAGCUCGACGGUCGAGGGGUCCGACGUCUUCGUCGUCAACGGCCAGACCCGGUCAAAGUUCUACAGCAGCACGCGCUUCAUGGACCGCGACGCCCAGUGCGUCUACGGCGGCUCGGACCUGAUGCACGUGUGCGUCGUCGUGCCGAACAUGGAGUCGUCGAGCGGCGGGCCCUUCUUCCGCGACAUCGAGUCCAACAACGCCGGCGGCAGCACCACCAACCUGUACAACUACAUGAACAGCGGCCACGCGCAGACGGAGCCCUACCGCAUGGGGCUGCACGGCCCGUACGUCAUGAGCUUUAGCCGCUCCGGCCGUCCAACCCUGCGCGACACAGACCUGUCCUUCUUCGACGAGAUCCCCGGCAUCCAGGGCUACGUGCCGGCCUCGGGCCGCGGCUUCGUCUCGGGCACCGUCUCGGGCGUGCCGUCGUCCUUCCAGCCCGUCGUGCACUGGCACAACGCCCAGGCGCAGUACUGGACCGUCGCCAGCCCCAACGGCGGCGCCUUCAAGUCCCCGGCCAUGAAGCCCGGCACCUACACCAUGGUGCUCUACCAGACCGAGUACAAGGUGGCCACCGCGACCGUGACCGUGGCGGCCGGCAGGACCGCGACGGCCAACAUGGCCAGCACCCUCCGCCCCGCGGCCACGUCCAUCUUCAAGAUCGGCGAGUACGACGGGCAGCCGACGGGCUUCCGCAACGCCGACAGGUUCCUGCGCAUGCACCCGAGCGACCGCCGCAUGGCCGCCUGGGGGCCCCUGACCUACACCGUCGGCUCCUCGGCGCCCGCCGACUUCCCCAUGGCGCAGUUCCAGGCCGUCAACAACCCGACCACCAUCCGCUUCAACCUGGCCAGCCCGCCGCCUGCCGCCGCCGCCGCCACCCUCCGCAUCGCCACCACCCUGUCGUUUGCGGGCUCCAGGCCGCGCGCCACCAUCAACGGCUGGGCCGGCCCUUCCCCGCCCGCGCCCGUCAAGAUUGACAGCAGGGGCGUGACGAGGGGCGCGUACAGGGGCUGGGGGGACGUCUACGACGUUAACAUCCCCGCCGGCACCCUCAAGGCCGGGCAGAACACCAUAACCAUCGAGUCUCUAUCGGGGAGCAGCGGAAGCGCCUUUUUGAGUCCCAAUUUUAUAUACGACUGCGUCGAGCUUUUUACCAACUGA